CUACUCUUUUUGUCUCUUCUUCUUUCUGUAAUAAUAUAUGAUUAUAUUAUCUAGUUUCAUCGAUUUCUCUGCUAUACAUAAAAAUAGUAUAAGCUGAAACUUUAUCUUUGGAUUAUCUUGAUAUUUGUGGUAAAUGCCAAAUGGGUUGUUAGAGCUUCACGUGGCUCCUUUUCCACAUGCGGAAUCCUCUCUUCUUCCUCUUAUCUCAUCUUGGGUUUCUGAGUUUCUCUGCACCAUCAAAGUCAUGGCCUCGUCCGCGGCUCUUAGCAAGAAGCAGUUUAAGAGAUCAAUGACCAAGAAAUCACACUCGUGGUGGUGGGACAGUCACAAUUGUCCCAAGAACUCAAAAUGGCUUGCAGAGAAUCUAGAGAAGAUGGAUGACCGUGUGAACCACAUGUUAAAACUAAUUGAAGAAGACGCAGACUCUUUUGCCAAGAAAGCUCAGAUGUAUUACCAGAAGCGUCCCGAGUUAAUCCACCUUGUUGAAGAAUUUUACCGCAUGUACCGUGCACUGGCUGAGCGUUAUGAUCAAGCUAGUGGUGAACUUCAGAAAAACGUUUCCUCAGGGAUCCAGUCACAGGCCUCUCUUGAGCAAUCAUCUCCUACCUCCCAAGACAAGUCUAGUCGCGGUCAUAAAGAAGAGGAAGACUCAUCAUCUUUGACUGAUGAUUCUGGCUCUGAUUCUGAUUCUAAGUCUGUUCCUGAUGAUGAAGAUGGUGACGAGGCAUUGAUCCGCAGGAUGGCUGAUCUAGAGCUUGAGCUUCAAGAAACGAAACAGAAGCUCCUUCUCCAGCAAGAAAAUGUCAACAACAACACUGAUCUCCUUCACAAGAUUACUGUAUAUGAAGGAGAGCUUAGAGAAGCUAAUGAAAAGAUUCGCAUGCAUGAAGAAGAGAUCUCUAAUCUGAAGAUUGAGCUUCAGACCUGCAUGUCCUCUGGAACUGAAGAUGCAUCAGCAGCUAAAAAAGUGCAGGACCUGGAGGAAGAGCUGAGUAUGGCGAAAGAGAAGCUUAAGCACUUUGAGAAAGAGAUUGCUUGUCUGAAAAGCGAGCUUGAGAUCAGUAAAGCUGCAGAGGAGAAGCUUCAGAGCUUACAGCAUGAGCUCAAGUUGACUCAAAAUGAUGCUGAUGCUGAGAAGAAAGAAGUGUUGAGGUUGCAAGAGAGGAUGAUAAUGGUGGAAUCCAGUUUACAGCACAAAGAUAAAGAGAUAAGGGAACUGAAAGCUGCAGUCUCUGACGCUGAAGAGAAGGUUAUUACAGAGAAAGAACAUAUGAAGGAAGAAAUGUCAAAGCUACUUGAAGAACGAAGCCAACUUGAAGAGCAACUUAGACUGAUCACAGAAGAGAAAGCUGAAAUGGAGGAGAUGCUUAGAGGAGAGUCCGAGAAGAUAAGUGUGAUGAGAGAUGAGAGUAAUGUGCUAAGAGAAGAUAUUGGGAAGAGAGGGGAGAAGAUAAAGGAAAUGGAAAAACAUAUGAAGGAGCUUCACAUGGAGCAUGUGAGGCUGAGAAAACGAUCGAGUGAGCUUUCAGAAGAAGUGGAGAGGACAAGAGUGGCUGCAUCAGAAGUGGCUGAGCAGAAAAGAGAAGCUAUAAGGCAAUUGUGUGUGUCUCUUGACUAUUACAAAGAUGGGUAUGAGAGGCUUUGGAAGGUUGUUGCAGGACCUAAGAGAAGAGUGGUCUUAGCUAAUUAAGAGUAGUGCAAGGACAAUGAUUAUGUGUUUUUGUCUUUGAUCCAGUGACUGUCGUGUGUUCUUUUGAACCUAAGUGUUGUUUUAAGGUACUUGUUGAAAUAAGGAUGAAAAUGAAUAAUGUAUGUUGAUAUCACUAUAUCAGUAUAUAUCAAUGGUAAUAUUAUCUCACAUUUUAAAAGUCA